GAUCGGAGCCAAUCAAAUCGAAGAAGAAGAGGAAUAGCAGUGCCCUUCGGUUUGAUACUGGAAAAUGGCGAUCUGCGAGGUUGUUUGAAGCAUAAUUUCAGUAAACACACUCGCGGACUCGCAACUCGUUGGUUAAAUGUGCCCUGAAAAUCAUGUGACGUGGACUGUGUGCGAUGGCGAGCAAAGAGAUAAUCGGCCAUCAGCAGCAGUUCGUUGAGGAAAUCGAUUAUAAUGAAAUCAAAACUGAGCAGGUAGUCGGCAAAGGUUCCUUUGGAGUCGUUUGGAAAGGAAGAUGGAGAGGACAGGAUGUCGCUGUGAAACACAUAAAUACGGAAGGAGAGAGAAAAGCCUUCACUGUGGAAGUUCGACAGCUAUCCAGAGUUGCCCAUCCAAAUAUUGUUAAACUGUACGGUGCAUGUACCAAGAAUCCAGUAUGCUUGGUUAUGGAGUAUGCAGAAGGUGGAUCAUUGUAUAAUGUAUUGCAUUGUAAUCCUCAACCGCAUUAUACUAUUAGUCACGCUAUGAGUUGGACUCUUCAGUGUGCGCUCGGCGUUGCGUAUCUUCAUAAUAUGAAACCAAAACCAUUGAUACACAGAGAUCUAAAGCCACCCAAUCUGUUAUUAGUUAUGGGUGGACAGAUGCUUAAAAUCUGUGACUUUGGCACAGCAUGCGAUUUACACACAUACAUGACUAAUAAUAAAGGCUCAGCUGCAUGGAUGGCACCAGAAGUAUUUGAAGGAUCUAGGUAUACGGAGAAGUGUGAUGUAUUUAGUUGGGGUAUCAUUUUGUGGGAAGUUUUAGCACGUCAAAAGCCCUUUGAUGAUCUUGCGCCUUUGGGCGUUUCAGCCUUUAGGAUAAUGUGGGCUGUUCAUGUAGGACAGAGACCUCCUUUAAUAGAAGGAUGUCCGAAACCAAUCGAGGAUCUUAUGACCAGAUGUUGGCAGAAAAUACCUGAGGAAAGACCUUCCAUGGACGAGGUAGUAAGGAUAAUGAUCAAGCUAUCAGAAUUUUUCAGUCCACAUUUAGAACCUAUUGAAUAUUCCUUAAGUUGCAAAACUGAUAACAUAGAUGAGAAUGAAGCAUCAAGGGAAGAUACACUAGAUAUAGCCAGUACAUUAGAUUCUGGAAUGAACGGUUCCGUUGCGAACGGUACUAUUUGUACAAUUCCAAAGCCCUUAGAAAAAGCUAACAAAUUCUUAAAUGUAGAGAGAUCAUUGCCUUUUGCAUUAUCUCACGCAAGACCGUUCAGCGAUACGCCGACGAAUUUCUCGCCACGGCCAAAUAAUUUAGGAUUUCAACGAGUAUCUGAUGAGUGUCUGGUAUCGAAUAAUCAUUUUCCUGGAAACGUGGAUAAUAAUUUAGAACACGCUAAAUCGUCGAUUUCGCAAAGUGCAGCGGUACCAACGGCAUACGACGACAAAUUUGCCGCGCUGCAACGCAAAAAUUACAAUUUUGCUCCAUUACAUGUGGAAUGUGACCCGCAUGCUUGGGAUUUACCGAGCUCCUCUGACACAUCUUGGGAAAUUCCAAAUAAUAUGGCCGGAUUAGAUAAAGUGGUACAGAAAACGAAGAAAAAUAUCCAAAGUAGCAGCACUACGAGCGAAGAUUUGGGCAAUGUCUGCCGCCUCUUGGACGCCGACCUGAGGCCUCUCACGCCCGACGACACCUGCAAACGUUCGCGAGAGAUCUUCGAGGAGCACAAGCAGAUAGCACAGGAGUAUCUCAAGGUGCAAACGGAAAUAGCGUUGUUGAGCCAGCAUAAGAACGAGAUGUUGAAGAAUCUGAGCAUCGACAGUCUCAGGCAACAACAGGAGUUGCGAAAACUCGAAGAUGAAAAGGAGUCUCUGCUGAAGCUGUGUCGCAAUCUACAGCGGCAAUUACAGAUCAUGAAGGAUCAGAGGAUCAAGGGAGCGUUGACGAAUGCUGCUGCUGCCGCCGCCGCCGCCGCCGCUGCAACGCCGACGAUAGGACCCGCCGUUUCCGGAAACAACGGUUGGGUGGUGGUACCGCGUCCAGAUCCAUCGAGGCUUUCUUGAGACUUUACGCGUAUCCGAGGGUCUCAACAAGAAUGUACUUACGUCACGUUGUGCAAUCGGCCGGCGAUGCGCGAUGCGGAUGGAAUCAUACGCAUUGAAAUUCCAAUUCAAUUUGAUACGAAUAUAAAUCGCGCCGCUUACUAUCGAUAAAGUCGUGGCUACGCGAAUCUAUAUGGUUAUCUAGCGAAAGACGAUUUUAUCACUCGACUCUGAAUAUCUGGAUACGACGCAUGGAAACUGUGUAAUUGAUUUCCGAUCUUAUGUGAUAUAGAAGACGCGGAUUUCAGAUACAGAUUUAAUAUACAGGUACGUUUUUCAUUAGAUUUGUUGCAGAAUUUCACAGUCCCAUCUUUUUUUCUAUCUUCUUGCCAAUGCGCGUUCUCCUCGUUCGCGAAAUUGAUUAAUACGGCAAUAUAGAUCUUUCCUGUAUGAUAACUGGUAAUAAUAUUUUUGAAAAUGUAAAGGGAGAUUAUUUUCGAUUUCGAAAGCCUCGGAGGUAUCCUUAAUAAUAAUAACACAAUCUAGUCGCUUCGACGAUGACUCAUAUAAUUUGUCGAACUCUGUUUACAUUUGACGUAUAAAGAAUGCGUUGUAUGAUCUUUAUUAUUUAAGCUAUUGUAUUGCCUAUAUACUGAUCAAAAUUAUUUUAUGUAUUUUGUCGAUUUGAUUAACGUAUUGGACACACAGAGAAAAGGACAUUGCAAAUGAGACGCAAAUAUCGAACAAUGAUCAACGAACAUGGAUGCGCCAUCAUUUAGAUUAUAUUUGAAUUUUACUUCUACGUACGAUAUACGCGGUACAUAUAUAUUUGAUUGAAUUGAUCGUGUAUCAGAGAUAUAAUCUGUAUACGACUCUCUAUAGAAUACUUAUUACUUUUAGCCAAUCGUGUUGCAAGAAACGGAUUAAAAUUCGUUUUUCUUAUCGCUUAUGUGCAACUGUUUGUUUGUUUUUUUUUUCUUUUUAAUAGCUGCUUUACAUUUCAUCUAAAUGCAAAAUUGAUAUUUUCAACAAUUACAACAAUUAUUGAUCUAACGAAUUGUAAAGAUAAAGACACCAUUUAAAUCACAGUGAAUUCAAUGUACAGAAAAGUUUCUAUUUUAAUCGAGCCGAGUAAGCGGUCGUCUGAAAUGCAAGACAAAUAUCAGGACAAAUUGUUGCAAAGUAUAUAUCAAAAAAAUUGAAAAGCGCUGAAAAGUUAGAAAAUAAAUGCGCAACGAUAUCAAUGACGAUUGUAUGAGCAGAUUAUCUUAUCAUCGAAUUAGAUGAUAUUAUCAAUCGAAUAUCAUCGAAAAGGAUAUUGAUAGAAAAUUCUCACGCGUCAAAAAUUGAGUAGCCAAAAAAACAUUUCGGGCUAAUUUUCUUGUUUUCCAUUCCUAUUUUAAUUAGAAAAUCUCUCGGGACUCCCCAUUAAAAAACGCGAUUAAAAAAAGGAGAUAAGGACAUAUGACAAAAUAAUUACACUCUGACAGUUUUCCGGCGAGUUCUCUUCCGAGAAUCUGUAAAUUGUUACCUGAGCUAUAUGUAAAUGCAAAUGCAUGUAUAUAUACAUAUGUAAAUAUAAUUUUGGAAGGUUGCAA